CAAAGAAAAGAAUAGGCAAUUUAAAAGCCUUGAGCUUAUUGCGUCGGAGAAUUUUACAUCUCGAGCAGUGAUGGAGGCAGUUGGUUCAUGCCUUACAAACAAGUAUUCUGAAGGACUACCCGGUAAAAGAUACUAUGGUGGGAAUGAGUACAUUGAUGAGCUUGAAACCCUUUGUCAGCAAAGGGCUUUGGAAGCUUUUCACUUAGAUGAUAAGAAGUGGGGGGUUAAUGUUCAACCACUAUCUGGCUCUCCAGCUAAUUUUGAAGUUUAUACAGCAAUUCUUAAUCCACAUGAUAGAAUUAUGGGCUUAGACUUACCUCACGGUGGGCACCUGUCUCAUGGGUUCAUGACUCCUAAGAGGAGGGUUUCUGGCACAUCAAUCUAUUUUGAGUCUAUGCCUUAUCGACUCGAUGAAUCUACAGGCCUUGUUGACUAUGAUAUGCUUGAGAAAACAGCUAAUCUCUUUCGACCAAAACUUAUAAUUUCUGGUGCUAGUGCAUAUCCUCGAGAUUUUGACUAUCCUCGGAUGAGGAAGAUAGCAGAUGCUAUCGGUGCUUUUCUCAUGAUGGAUAUGGCUCACAUAAGUGGACUUGUUGCUGCUUCCGUGGUUGCUGACCCUUUUGAGUACUGUGAUAUUGUGACAACUACCACACACAAGUCUUUGAGAGGUCCAAGAGGUGGCAUGAUCUUUUUCAAGAAGGAACUGGUUCUUGGAGUUGAUCUGGAACAAGCUAUUAACAAUGCUGUUUUUCCAGGUUUACAGGGUGGUCCUCAUAACCACACAAUUGGGGGCCUUGCAGUUUGCCUCAAACAUGCACAGUCGUCAGAGUUCAAAGCUUACCAGAACAGGGUGGUAUCCAAUUGUAGGGCCCUUGCAAACAGGUUGAUUGAAUUAGGGUAUAAGCUAGUUUCUGGUGGGAGUGACAAUCACCUAGUUCUUGUAGAUCUCAGGCCACUGGUAAGUUUCUUGGUUCGUUGUUUUGUUUUUUACCUUCAAAUAUCGGUUUAGCUAUUAUAUUGCUUA